GAGGCCAGCCCAAUGGUCCCUUCUUUCCUUCCUUUGUGUCCAAAUCCAAACAGACGACGUCUUGUUAAACCCUAGAGCCACCACCCCACAGAGCAACAUCGCCGCCGCCACCGCCAGCCGCAACAGCACCGACGACGAGGACGAGCUGAGAAUACGAGGCGAUGCCGAAAUCCAAGCGCAACCGCCCUGUAACCUUAUCCAAGACCAAGAAGAAGCCUGGAUUAGAGCGCAAGGGCAAAGUUGUUACCGAUAUCAAAGAUGCCGUCGAGCACUACGCUAAUGCCUAUGUCUUCACCUACGAUAACAUGAGGAAUCAGAAGCUCAAGGACCUCAGAGAGCAGCUCAAGUCCUCCAGCAGGAUAUUCCUUGCUGGAAAGAAGGUCAUGCAGAUAGCGUUGGGGCGUUCACCUGCUGAUGAAGCUAAAACAGGCCUUCAUAAACUUUCCAAGUUCCUACAAGGUGAUACUGGACUGUUCUUUACUAAUCUUCCAAGAGAUGAUGUAGAGAGAUUAUUUCGAGAAUUCGAAGAGCAUGAUUUCGCCAGGACAGGAAGUAUUGCGACAGAAACGGUGGAGCUUAAGGAAGGCCCCUUAGAACAGUUUACACAUGAAAUGGAACCCUUUCUACGCAAGCAAGGAAUGCCAGUUCGUCUGAACAAAGGUGCGGUAGAAUUAGUUGCAGAUCACAUAGUAUGUGAAGAAGGGAAGCCCAUUUCACCAGAAGCAGCACAAACUCUGCGGUUGCUUGGGAUGCAGAUGGCAACAUUCCGACUGUACCUUGUCUGCCGGUGGUCCUCUGAUGACUUCGAAGUUUACAAGGAAGGCUUGGCGCAACUGCGAGCUGAAGCUGAUGAUUCUUCUUAAGCUUGUUUGGCUUGCACACCCAGUUUGCAGUGACGCACUUGCUGUCUUGUUGUGCUGAGGCAGUUUUUGGUAUUGUGCGUGCGCAUGGCGUCUGUGCUCUUUUUUGCCGGAAUGACCGAAGGAGGUCAUUCAAUGUAAGCGUCUGUGCUCUUGGUACGUUGGAAAUCUGAAAAAUGUAAUAUGUUAACAGGGUGUUCGUUGUCCUAGUAUUUUCUAUAAAACUCUUCGUGUCUUAUUAACAGGGUGGCACAUCUACGCAGCUAACAUGCUUCAUCUGUUGGUAUUUAAACUCUUCCGAACAAUUGUUACUCCCUGAAUGAAUUCGUUGGUAGCUAUAA